UUCUACACAAACCUAAUUUAAAUUGAAAAAGAUGAUCGUAAUAAGAAAUCCGCUUGAAUUACUUGAUAGAAUUGGAGGAAAGAAAACAGCAUAGAGCCUCCGAGUCUACGAGCCUCCACACGCAUCCACCAAAUCCGCAACAAAAGGCCACCACAGCCCUGCCAACGACUGAUUGUCUGACAUUCAACUACUGCAGCUAUGACUUCUCUCUCCACCGCUGCCGCCGCCGCCACUCGCCUCCUUCCUUCAGUCUCAAUCUCCGCCACCAGGCUCUCGUACCGCUCCUCCGUUUCUCUCGGUUCCCUCAGAUCGUCGCCUCUCCUCUCUCGCAUUUUCCUUCCGCAGAAGAGCUCUCUGCGGCGGUUAUCGACUAGUAGAAUUGGCUAUUCGACUGUGUCGUCGCCGAAAUGUGCGGCGUCGGACCCCGAGCAGCUGAAGAGCGCUCGUGAGGAUAUAAAGGAGCUUCUAAAGACUAAGUUCUGUCACCCUAUAAUGGUCCGGCUAGGUUGGCAUGAUGCGGGUACAUAUAACAAGAAUAUUGAGGAGUGGCCACAAAGGGGUGGUGCUAAUGGAAGUUUAAGAUUUGAAAUAGAACUGAAACAUGGAGCAAAUGCUGGGCUUGUCAAUGCUCUUAAGCUUCUUCAGCCCAUCAAGGACAAGUAUUCCAAUGUGACAUAUGCAGACUUAUUUCAAUUGGCUAGUGCUACUGCUAUAGAGGAAGCUGGGGGCCCCAAGAUUCCUAUGAAGUAUGGAAGAGUAGAUGUAUCUGGACCUGAACAAUGCCCUGAAGAAGGGAGGCUCCCUGAUGCUGGCCCACCUUCCCCUGCUUCACAUUUACGUGAUGUCUUCUACAGAAUGGGCUUGAAUGAUAAGGAAAUAGUUGCUCUUUCUGGUGCACACACUCUUGGAAGAUCAAGGCCAGAGCGCAGUGGAUGGGGUAAACCAGAGACCAAAUACACAAAAGAUGGACCAGGGGCCCCUGGAGGACAAUCAUGGACAGCGCAGUGGCUACAAUUUGAUAAUUCCUACUUCAAGGAUAUUAAAGAAAGAAGGGAUGAGGAUCUGCUAGUUCUACCUACCGAUGCUGUCCUGUUUGAAGAUCCUUCAUUCAAGGAAUAUUCAGAGAAGUAUGCUGCAGACCAAGAUGCAUUUUUUAAAGAUUAUGCUGAGGCACAUGCUAAGCUGAGCAAUCUUGGAGCUAAAUUUGACCCACCUGAGGGAUUCUCGCUAGAUGACAGUCCUUCAAAAGGUCAGCCAGAAAAAUUUGUAGCAGCCAAGUACUCAACAGGAAAGGUAAGAAUUCUCACCUGUAGCAUUACACGUAUAUUGAACUUCUGCUACCCCUUUUUUCUCCAUUCUGAAAUGCUUUUUGGUAAAAGUAAUAGCACGUACUUUAAUCUUUCACUUUUUUAUGGUUGCUGCAGGACUAAAACUGAAUACAAGUAUCUACUAUUAGUAUGUUGUUACUAAUAAUAACACGAGUGACCAACCGUGUUGAACAACAUAUCUAAAAUCUGGAAGUUUUAAUGGAGAAGAAUAAAUUCAAUGAGUGUUAUAUUUGGAUUGCAGAAAGAACUCUCGGAUGCUAUGAAACAAAAGAUUAGAGCAGAGUAUGAAGGUUUUGGAGGGAGUCCAGAUAAGCCUCUGAAAUCAAACUAUUUCCUUAAUAUCAUGAUUGUGAUUGCUGUUUUGGCAUUGGUUUCAUCUUUGAUUGUGAAGUGAAAACGGCUUUGGUAUUACCAAUAGAAGAUACACAUUUUCUCA